AGAGACAGAGAGAGAGACAGAGAGAGAGACAGAGAGAGAGAGAGAGAGGGUCAGAAAGCAGCCGGGGGUGUCUGCUAGUGGAUCUGCCCAACAGAUAUUGGGAGAAACGUCCCCCGCAGAAGCCCCAGUGCCCAAGUUGUGCCCCCCGAGAAAGUGAGGAUGAGUAACUUCACCACCACGCCAAAUACCCCUGGCGUAACCGAGACGAGUAAAGCACCCCUUGGAGAAGCCGGAGAGAACGGAGGGGGAAUGAAUGCAGCCAUUAUUGGAGGCGUGGUGGCCGCUGUCAUCGUAGUCCUUAUCUGCCUGCUGGUCGUGGUGCUUCGCUAUCGAUACCGUGAUAAGGGCACGUACCACACCAACGAGGCCAAGGGCACCGAAUUUGCAGAAAAUGCCGACGCAGCCCUGAAGAAUGACCCCUCGCUCCAGGAGGCCAUUGAUGAAACCAAGAAGGAAUAUUUCAUCUGAUCCGAAGGCUCCGCUGCGCCCCAAGUCCAUUUUCUGUUUGGUUUUCUUUAACGGAUUGACAGCUGCCAACACUCAUCCCCAAAAAGCACUAUGAGUGGCUCAGGGAAGACUUUAUUCAGACUCACAGGAAUACAAUGGGCUUUGGAGAUGCGCUGUGUAGGUGCAAAGGGGGACAAUGUGCCCAAAGCAGCCAACAAGGUGACUAUGUGCCCAAGGCAAGCCAACGAGAUGUGCCCAAGGCGAAGUAAUGAUGGAGAUAACUAAACCUUUACAGACAUUCAUUUCACUUUAGGUUCUUAAAUCAUUCUUGAUGACCUAACCCUAGCCCUAACCCUAACCUUGCCGUAAACCUAGCCCUAACCCUAGCCCUAACCCUUGCCCUAACCUAACC